AUGGCCUCCCUCGACUUCUCCUCUCCCGCUUCCCUCCCCGACAUGCCCGCGCCGCCGCCUUCCCCGAGCCACUUUGACAGGCUGCCGACUGAGCUGCUCAAGCACAUCGUCGUCUUGGUGCAUCAGCAGGACAAGGUGUUCGGCAAAGGUGGCGUCCGCCGCUCUUCGACUCGACCCGACCCCGAGGACGUGUUGUACACGGGGGAAGCUCGUGCACCCGAGCCGGGUGCUUUCAGUUGGUGGUAUGGGCGAGGCGUUCACGCCCUCUCGCUCCUCAACAAGCGGCUGCGCGAGUUGUGCCUUCCGGUCCUCCUUCCAACUGCGAAACCUGCUCAUUUUGUAUCAGCGUUCUUCAUUUUCGGCCGCGUUCCUCAAGCGAUCCUGGACGGCAUCCAGCGUAUCGACCUGCGCACUUCGAACGAGUCCGACUUCGUGGCGACCGCUGCGGCACUUUCGAAGCUGAAGAAUGUCGACACACUCGAACUCUUCGUCGACGAUCGCCUUCCGCUCCAUCCACAGUACCAUUACAGUGAAGGGGUGUCGGACGUCGGGGAGCCGGCAAGAGCGCUCGCGAAAGAAGCUUUCGGCCGCACCAGCUCGCAGAUCAGUUCUCUCGUGCUCCAUGAGCCCGGCUACCGCGCCUUCGAGGACACGAUCAUCCCGUUGUUCGCCCGAACCGACUCCCUGCGAUGCCUCAAGUUCCGCGACUUCGGCCAAGCCCUCUUCAACACGGCCCGCGACGUGCCGGCAGCAUCUCUACGCAAGAUCGCGAGAGACUACGCUUCCCUCACCCAUCUGGACCUAAGCGGGGCGGACAGCAUCUACUUUGGCCACUUGACUCGCAACGCUCCCUGGACAGACGCCGGACAGUUCUCGUCACUGCGUACGUUCCAGGCUAAUGCGACGACUUUCUCGGUCUUCACCUUCAUUGAGAGGGCGAUGCCGAAGCUCGAGGUGUUGAAGAUCGAGUUCACCCAAUCCUACAGUUCGCUUGACCAGCUGGACGGGACGUGGACGCUGCCCUCCCUCAAGCGUUUGCAGAUCAUCGGUCCAAGCAAGAUGACCGCCGUCCUCGCCCACCUUCACCUACCUGCUCUCGGAUUGCUCAAGAUUGCGCUUGUGCGAGCGGAGAAUCAGGAGAUCGACUGUUCCCGGCUCUUCACGGCGGACACACUUCUGCCGCAGCACGUCGACAUGCAUUUUGCAGUCGACACGAGUCUGCGCGUCAAGAAUGCCGAAGCCGUCGACGCAUGGUGCGAAAGGCAUGGCAUCCGCCUCGUCCACUUCUCCUCGAACAUCUUCUACCCGUACUCGCCCGCACCCCCGCCGCAGUACGACGACGAGGCUCUCGAGGACGUCGGCGACGCCAUUGAUGCCGCGCUGCGGCAUGCAGUCCUCCGCAAGCAGCGCCUUCUCGAGUUCAAGGACGCCGACGGCUUACAGGAACUCGCCGCGCUUGUCAAGCCGCUCCGCGAGCGCGAGUUCAUCGAGGACAUGUAG